AUGGAGCGCUCUAGCAAACUGGCCGAUCUCAAACUUGUUUCCAAAUAUUACCCUGUUACCAACUACUCAUAUCCUCAACAACCGGAACGUCCAUCGCACUAUGUUCGGAGUCGCUUCUCAGACGAUAGGGCGUCUUUGGGAUCCGAAGGGUCUUCGCCCAGUCUAAUCGACGAUCGAACAGACUCAGAAGUCUCCCUGGACGAUGAUUAUCAGUACCACGCUCAUGGCGCUGAGCUAUGGGACAGCUUCUGGCUUCCAAGUAAAUCCGCCAAGCUUGAACUUCAACCAAGAAAGCAAUUCCCGGCCUUAAAUCCCACUGCCCAACAGCAACAACAACAGCGGCAGCAACAAGAGCUGAAGCAACAGCAGGAGCAACAGCAACGACGGCAAAAGCAAGCAGGGCAAUACCGCAACAAACUGUUGCCUCUUUCUGAGAACACUCGCAGCCAGAGCCGAAAGCCGGCAACCACUUAUUCCCCUUUCCCAAAACCGCUCCCAUUACCACCUCGUACUGCACCACAGGCUCCAUCAUGGCAAUGCUCUCGAGAUGUGAAGCAAAAGCCUCAACGGCCUCCUCGUCCGCAUGAAGAAGUAUACGUCUUCCGUUCUCUGCAGAACUCACCACUCGUUGCACACUUCACCGUUUCUCAAGACUCGCCCCGUCCUAUUACACCAAAGGAAAAUCGUCCAACUACUGCGCAAGAGAUGCGACUUCAAACACCCCCGGAGCGUGAUUCCUACUUCGAAACCGCCUCACGCGGUCCUACCAAACAUCUUUGUUCCACAAGUUCCCAGCCACCCGCUUCUGUCAUACUCUCAAAGAAGUCCCUCCCUGGCAUGCGGCCUCUGCCGCCAACGCCACCACCGGAGGCGGAAGAGGCACCGGAAGCAGAGCCCCACUCGGUCUUUGAGUACGAUGAUGAUUCCGAUACUGAAUCUGGGGGCCGCUCAUUCUGGUUUCACCGUCGGUCGGGAAGUGACCAACGCAAGACAGGCCAUCGGAUUGCCCCUUCGUCGCCACGCAAGCGACAAAACGACGUGAUAGGGCGAAUGCUAGGACGACGGAGUCGUGGCUGA